AUGGCCUCCCCGACAAAAGACCGCAUAACCUGCCACGUCCUCGACACCUCAGCAGGCCGCCCAGCCCGCAACGUCCGCGUCCAACUCUCCACCACCAUCCCCCCUCCCGCCACAACCGCAGGGACCGGCUCCCCCAACGCCGCCGCGCCAGCCGCCGGCGUCCUCAAAGAAUUCGAAUCCACCACAGACGAAGACGGCCGCGUCAAGUCCUGGCUCCCCUUCUCCUCCGCCACAUCCUCCGGCGAGGUCCCCGUCUACACCCUCGACGACGUCCUCGGCGAGAUCGAGGCCGCUGCCACCGCCACGACGUCGUCCCGCUGGACCCUCACGUUCGACACGGCGUCGUACUUUGGCGGCGAGGACGAGACCUUCUUCCCCGAGGCCGUCGUCGUCUUCACCGUCAAGCGGGGCCAGCAUUAUCACGUCCCGCUGCUGCUCAGCCCGUACAGCUAUACCACGUACCGGGGUAGCUAA